AUGAACACUUCCAACCAACCUUACUACGGCUCUAACGCCUACCCGAACCGCUCUGACCUUAUCCUCGGUCUUCGCACCGAGGGUCUAGGACUCGGUUCCAUCUUCCCAUCCCAGACCAACUCGCAACAGUCGAGUGGCCGCGACGCCCAUACACCUCCCUACCAGCAGAACACACAUCACCGUCAGCAGCAGAACAGCGCAUACAGAACCCAAGACUCGUUUCGCGAUAUUUCUGCGUCGCAAGCCAGUCUUGAGGACCAGCUGGCUGCCAUGCGUCUGCAAUCUAGCCUUUCGCUUGGUCAUCUGGACGCACAAUCGGGCUAUCAGGGCUAUCAGAACGGUCACGGGUACAAUCAGCAGCAGCAGCAACAGCAGCAGUACGCUCAGUCCAACAGCUACAACCAACAGCAGCCGUACAUGCAGAUGCAGCUUCAGCAACAAUUCGCUCAGCAGCACGCUGCAGUUCAACAGCAACAGAUGGAGCUGCUCCGCCUCCAGGCGCUCCAGGAGCAGCAGCAGCAGCAGCAGCAACAACAACAACAACACCUCAACCCUAACCAGUACAGUCAGCAACAGCUUGCUGCUCAGAAGCGCUUCCUUCUCUCUCAGCUGCAAGCAGGCAAUGGUGACUUUGACGCCGGCUCUUCGCACCACGCAGCUUUGAUGAACCAGGCUCAAGUCGCCGCUGCUUCUGCACAGGAGCAGAGGCAAGCCGCCCAGGCUAGCAUCCAGGCCAGCUUGCGACAGCGCCAAGUUCAGCAGCUUUACCAGACCAUGGGUCUCGAAUCUAACCUGUCGAGCUCUGUUUACCACGAUGCUGUGUUAAAGCAGGCCAUGCAGCAACAACAACAACAACAACAACAACAACAGUUGCAGCUGCAAAACAUCCUCAACCGUCACUCUCGCAAGGUCAGCAGCGAAGGUCCCUCGCCCUCCCGCACGCCUCUGGAGCAGCGAAGCUGGCGGGGAAGCGCUGUGCCCAGCCAAGACAGGAUGCCUACGCCUCCCGGUCAACGCGUUGCAUCGCCCGCAUCAAGCAUCCACUCGCGCAAAGGCGUGCGACCUUCUUCAGGCACCGCCGACAGUAUUCUCUCGAUGCGAUCUCGCACCAUGACCCCCUCGAUCGUGAUUGAUGACAGCGCCUCGGAGGGCUCUAGGGCUCAGUCGGAAUACGAUCAGGUCGAGGGUGACCAAACGCCCGAGACAAGCGAGGAAGAUCUCGAGGUCAGCACACUUUCCGGCAAGGCUCUAUCGAGCACGCCCAGGCCGCACAACACGACGACGAUGGCACAGACUCAAAUUGCCAAUAGCCGCUACGGUUCGUUGGGCCGAGGGGUGACCAGUGCUUCUACUUCGGCCGGCAUGACGGCGCCCAUGACGGCACCCAAACCCAUCUCGCGUGCCAUCCACCUGUCGAGUGCGCCGCAGCACCGUGCCUUUAAGGGCAACAAUGGCAUCUCGGAUGGCAAUCAGACGAUCAACAAUGCCGGUCUGACGCUGCCACCCAUCCAGCCGCGUCGACAACCCAAGGGCCAACCGACCGAGUUCCACAAAGUCAACUUCCAGGCGCGCAUCAACAGCCGUCUGCGCAAAGAUGCCAUGUCCAAGCUAUGUGCCAGCCCACGUGCGGCGAGCUUUGGGGGCAACGGUAUGAGCUUUGGAUCGAGGUUGUCGAGCGCUAGCAGCAGUGUUGGACUUUCUGCUGCUCCCUGA